AUGAGUGGAGCCAGUGCGGACACAGGGCAGAAAGGCGGCCCUGCUCCGGACGACGAGUACCAGGGCCAAAUCAGUAGCAUUCAGCAGAUCUUCGCUGAGUAUGACCACAACGGCUCCGGCAAGGUCCGAGUCGAGAGGAUCCCAGAUCUGAUCGUGAACCUGGGCCGAGACCUACAAGUGGGCAGGGAGGUGGCUCGGCAGCUCAGUGGCAGUGGCGCUGUGGAGCUCACCACCUUCGAGGAAGUUGUUCAGACUCUGAAGAGAGUCGAGGAGAGCCAGGACCGUGAACCAGACGGCGAGACCACGACACCACUGACUCUGUUGAAGCGGCUCAAUGCCUACAAGAAGCAAUGUGAAUCCAACGGGGAGUGCGCCGUGCCGGUCGUUGCAGAGGUGGAGGAACCUCCCACGGAUGAUGUUGCGUCCAAAGCUGAUGCGGUUGACCAUGCGGAGCACAAUCAAGAGGUCUGUGCCAUUUGUUUAGAGGGACUUGACGAUUGCAGCUUUAGCUACCCGUGUGGCCAGGGCCACAGGCUGCACUACCCCUGCAUGCUCCACUUCUUGGGCAGCAUCCUGGCCAUCCCUCUGUCUGAUGACAGCCCCGGGCCGCUGCUGAAGCAGCAAGCCCGUGAGAUGGGCACUGGCUUCAAGGCGGUUGCCAUGCUGGAAACCGCCAUGCAGAACCUUCAAGCCGAGACGCGGCGCCGCUUGUGCUGUCCGCUAUGCCGAUGUGAUUGGCCAGAAGAGCACGAGAUUUCCUUAGAUUCCAUCAUGGUUCAGCUUCGAUCCUGUCGCAUCAAGAUGCUUGCAAAGCACGUGGGCAAGCUCGAAAAGGCCGUCCAUUCUGUGCGGGCUAGCUAUGACAAAAGGGCAGAGAUUGCGCGACAUCGUAUGGGAUAUGGCUUGGCAGUUCUCGACAGGAACCUGCACACUGCCUCGAGUUAUCUCAGCCACCGCGAAACCGCGUGCGGCACGGUUCUGCGAAUCUUCGAGUUCCUGGAAGCGAGACAUGUCACUUCAGUCUCAGCUUGCUGCACAGCAGCAGCUCGGCAUUGCUGGGUGGAGUGCAAGCUGAGAGCCCCUCACGUGAAGGCUGCCACGGUGCGCUCCGCCACGCAUCAUAUCUGGCCGCAAACGACAAGAUCGCUGCUGAUAGAUCCAUCACUACGCUCGGCGGUUCAAAAAGGUACCUCAGGCAUGGAUGUCGUGUCCUUCUCGAAGUGGCUCGCAAGCGCCGCAAGUCUUCUGGAAGUGAACAUCCAUGCUGCGAGCUGGGAGAAGCUCGACCCAGGGGCGGGCUAUCUCGCGCAGAGCCUGCCCAUCCAACACCUCCAGAUCCUGGAUCUGUCGCACAAUGGGCUCACUGACGCGGGCGCUCACAACUUGGCCGCAGCCCUCACAAGGAAGCGCCCAGUUCGCCUGGAAGUGCUGACGCUGGAGCUGAACUACAUCACGGAGGUGGGCUUCGCUUCACUGCUCAGCCUGGGCAAGGACACCGGCAGUCGCAUUCGCAGCUGGGGAUUCAGACACAACCAGCUCGGUGACGCAUCCUGCAAGCUUCUGGCAAAGGCUCUUGAUCCAGAAGCCAUCGGUGCGCCGAACCGUCUCAACGUCUGGGAUUUGCGCACGAACAAGAUCGGCUUAGAAGGCUGCAAAGCCUUGGUGCCCGUCAUCGGAUACAUGGAGGUGGCUCGACUUGGAUGCAACCCCUUGGGUGAUGCCGGGGGGGAGCAGCUGGCCAAUGGCCUCGGCCGAAGCCUCCGCAUCCUUGACCUCCGACAAGCAGAGCUGGGCGAGGCGGCAACGCUCGCCCUCGGAAGAAAGCUCCGGGAUGCAGCAACACUGCAGGAGCUGCUUCUGUCUGGAAACAACAUCGGGCCAGCUGGGGCACAGGCUCUGGCAGAAGGCUGGGCUUGGAUCUCUUCUUUGAGACACGUCGACUUGUCGGGCAACAUGUCCAUUGGAAGGGAGGGGGUGGAUCUCCUCACGGACGAGAUGCCCUUCUGGCAGCAGGGGCCAUUUAGGCUCGCCCUUGCCAGCAUCGGCUGCGAGGACGAGGGAGCAAAGAAGUUGGCUGCCGUACUGAGAAAGAAUCCACGCAAAGGACGAGGUUGGACCAUUGAACUCCAGAACAACCCGAUCAGCAGCUUGCUGAAGCUGGAGAUUUCCAGGUUGCUGGAGGAGGACUGCCGCCCCGAGGACAUCUACUCCGCAAGGCGGAAAUGA